AUGGAUGGUUCUUCUGGAUAUAAUCAAAUCCGCAUGUCACCAAAAGAUGAAGAACUCACUGCAUUUCGCACGCCAAAAGGUAUUUAUUGUUACAAAGUGAUGCCAUUUGGUUUAAAGAAUGAUGGCGCCACAUAUCAAAGGGCUAUGCAAAAUAUCUUUGACGACUUGAUCCAUAAAAAUGUUGAAUGUUAUGUUGAUGAUUUGGUAGUAAAGUCGAGAAAGAUGGGUGAUCAUUUGAAAGACUUAAGGAUGGUGUUUGAGUUACUCAGAAGAUAUCAACUAAGGAUGAAUCCAUUGAAAUGUGCCUUCGGAGUUAUUUCCGGCAAGUUCCUUGGCUUUAUUGUGAGACAUCGAGGAAUUGAAAUUGAUCAAGCCAAAGUCGAUGCAAUAUCAAAGAUGCCUGAACCUCGAGAUAUUCAUGAGUUAAAAAGUCUCCAAGGAAAGUUAGCCUACUUGAGAAGGUUCAUUUCAAAUCUAGCGGGGAGAUGUCAACCAUUCAGUCAUCUUAUGAAGAAAGGUGCUCCUUUUAAUUGGGACCAAACAUGUAGCGAAGCCUUUAAAAGUAUCAAAUCGUAUCUAGCGAAACCUCCGAUUUUGACAGCCCCUAUACCUGAAAAACCAUUGAUACUCUACAUUGCAGCACAAGAAAGAGCAAAUCCCAUCAAGUUUGUUAUGUCAAAACCUGUCCUUAGUGACCAACUAGCAAGAUGGUACCUCCAAUUCCAACAAUUUGAGAUUGUGUACAUCCCUCAAAAAUUCGUGAAGGGACAAGCACUAGCGGAUUUCUUAGCAGACCAUCCUAUACCAAAUGAUUGGGAGUUAACUGAUGAGUUUCCUGAUGAAGAUGCAAUGUUAAUUGAAGUUCAACCUCCUUGGAAAAUGUACUUUGACGGGGCUGCACAUCGCGGCGGAGCUGGUGCUGGUGUGGUGUUCAUCACUUCACAAGAAGAGAUUCUACCAUUCUCUUUUACUCUAAAACAAUGUUGCUCCAAUAAUGUCGCUGAAUAUCAAGCACUGAUACUUGGACUUGAAAUGGCCGUUGACAUGAAACAAUUACAUUUAGAGGUCUUUGGUGACUCUCAAUUGGUGAUUAAUCAACUCUUAGGAAGUUAUGAGGUAAAAAAGCCUGAAUUGCGACCUUAUCAUGAUUAUGCUCAAAAGUUGAUAAGAUGGCUUCGAGAUGUAACCCUUCAACAUGUGCGUCGAACAGAGAAUAAGAAAGCUGAUGCAUUGGCUACUUUAGCUUCAACGCUAACCCUUCCUGAUCAAACGCAAGUAACUGUCUGUCAAAAAUGGAUAGUACCACCGUCAAAUGAGGAAGAAUAUAUCGAAAAUAAGCUUGAUCAUAUCGUCGCCAUUGUUGAAGCUGCGAAGGAAGAUUGGAGACAACCCAUCAUUGACUACCUAUGUUAUGGGAUACUUCCAGAAAAUCCAAGAAGAAGAACUAAUAUACGUCGUCGUGCACCUCGUUUCCUUUACUACAAGGAUACAUCAUAUAGAAGAUCAUUUGAGGGUAUGUUAUUACGAUGUUUGGGAGAGGAAGAAGCGAUUCAAGCUCUGCAAGAAGCAUACUUAGGAGUAUGUGGAUCACAUCAAUCUGGACCAAAACUUCAUUUUCACAUAAAGAGGAUGGGGACUAUUACCAAAGUCUUCAAAGAGAAUGUUGCAAAUUUUAUCCGAGUAAAUAUUAUGUAUCGCUUUGGCAUCCCUCGAUAUAUAAUAACAGACAAUGGCAAACCAUUUGAUAACAAGCUAAUGAACAAGAUUUGUGAUCUUUUUGACUUUAAGCAGCAUAAAUCUUCUAUGUACCAUGCUGCUGCUAAUGGUCUUGCUGAAGCAUUCAAUAAGACUCUAUGCAACCUGCUCAAGAAAGUUGUCUCCAAAUCCAAACGGGAUUGGCAUGAAAGAAUGGAAGAAGCUUUGUGGGCAUAUAGGACAACAUAUCGCACACCAACUCAAGCAACACCAUAUUCACUUGCUUUAAGAGUUGAAGCAGUCCUGCCACUCGAGCAUCAAAUACCCUCCUUAAGACUUGCUAUUCAAUAA